UUCAAACCAUUCAGAUGAAAACCGCUGUUAUACAUGAAUUUUAUGAUUCAAGUAAAAAGACGAAUGAUAUAGCCCUAGUCAUACUCAAACAAGCAGCCAACAUAAGAUCCAACUUUGUUCGACCAAUCUGUCUCCCACUUGCAACUGCGACACUGAAUUCUGGAAAUAGCAAGGAAUUGCGCCUAACCGGAAGUAACUUCGAGACUCGCCAAACAGUGUCUAGAGCUGUGGCAUUUUUAGAGAAAAGAAAGUGUAAGAAAAAUACAUCAGCACAACUAGAUGACCGCAAAUUGUGCGUAGAUCUCAUAGAUGGUAGUUCCAUCGAAAGUGGUGCUGUGCUGCAUUCUCUCAACAAGGAUAACACUGGAGUGAUUCAGUACGGAAUAGCAACAUUUGGUGGCAGUGGUGCGACGGGAGUUUUCCUUAAAGUUUCCUACUAUAUCGAUUGGAUUCUGAACCAUUCGGAAUGAUUGAUAGCAAUAUUUAUAAUGCAACUUAGUAAUACAAUAUCGAUAUCUUAAUAUUAAAUGAUUUGCUCAAUA